AUGUUUCUCUUUAAUAAGCCAUCUGGGCAUCCUACGCAACGUGUAUUCACUAUAGAUGGAUUCAGGAAUUGGAAGAAAGUUAGAGAUGGAAAAAAUUGUGAUAUUCUCAAUCAUAUAGGAAAAGAUCCUAAUUCAUUUCAUAGAAUUGCUGAAAGGUCAUAUGAAGACUUAAAGAACCAGUCUCAACACAUACAAAAUGUGUUUGAAAAUUUUACUUCUGAACAAAUUGCAAACAAUCGACUGCAGUUAAAAGCUUCAAUUGAAGUUGUUCGAAUGUUGGCAUUUCAAGGUAUUGCUUUUCGAGGUCGGGAUGAAAGUGUGGAUUCAACGAAUCGUGGAAAUUUUCUUGAAAUAUUGAAUUUGAUAGUUUCAUAUAAUGAACAAAUUGCUGAAGUGAUAGCUAAAGCUCUAAAAAAUGCCUCUUACACAUCACCAAUGAUACAAAAAGAAAUUUUACAUAUUUUUUCAACCAAAGUGAAGGAGACAAUUCGCAAAGAAAUUGGUAAUGCAAAGUUUUGCAUAAUUGUUGAUGAAGCUCGUGAUGAGUCAAUGAAGGAGCAAAUGGCUAUAGUUUUAAGAUUUGUUGACAAAGAUGGUUUUGUGCGGGAACGCUUUUUUGGGCUUGUUCAUGUCUUUAAUACUGCGGCAGCAACCCUACAAAAUGGUAUAUAUUUUGUAUUGUCUCAACAUAAGUUAGCGAUUGAAAAUAUUCGAGGACAAGGAUAUGACGGCACAAGUAACAUGCGAGGUGGGUGGAAUGGGUUGCAAGCUUUGGUUUCAAAUGAUUGCCCAUAUGCCUACUACAUUCAUUGUUUCGCACAUCGUUUGCAAUUGGCAUUAGUAGCGGCAUCAAAGGAAGUUAUUCCUGUUCAUCAAUUUUUUACUAAUUUGACUUUUAUUGUCAAUAUUGUUUGUGCUUCGUGCAGUCGAUUUGAAGAAUUGCGGAUUGCCCAAACUGCUGAAAUUGCUUACCUAAUUGAAAUUGAUGAGAUUCAGAGUGGAAGGGGACUUAAUCAAAUUAGUAAUUUACAACGGGCUGGAGAUACUCGUUGGAGUUCUCACUUGAGAUCAGUUUCUAGCUUGAUCAAAAUAUUUAGUCCAGCUUGUGAAGUUCUUCUUAAAAUAAUUGAUGUAGGAACUACUUCUUCCCAACGAGCAGAAGCAGAUUCAGUUUAUCAGGUAAUGACUUCAUUUGAAUUUGUCUUCAUCUUGCACCUCAUGAAAGAAACAAUGCAGAUCACUGAUCAUCUAUGUCAAGAAUUGCAAUCAAAAUCUCAAGAUAUUUUAAGUGCCAUGAAUCUUGUUUCAUCCACUAAAGCAUAUAUCCAACAAUAUAGAGAUGAUAAAUGGGAUGAUUUACUUACUAAUGUGAAGUCAUUUUGCGAGAAACGCAAUAUAGAUGUCCCAGAUAUGAGUGCUCGUUAUAUUGCGAGACAAGUGGAAUUGCUUAUUCUCGGCUUUGCUCUUGAUCCUCAAGCCGCACGUGAAUCUUUCAGAAUUGAUGAUAUUUGUCAGUUGGUAAACAAGUUUUAUCCACAAGACUUUACUGAUCUUGAAAAGGAACAGUUGGAAAUAGAACUUAACCAUUAUAAGCAUAAUGUAGUUCAACAUUCGAGUUUCCAAGCAUUGUCAAAUAUUUCUGAAUUUUGCCAAUGGUUGGUUAGUACCGGAAAAUCAACUAUCUACCAACUUGUUUUUCGAGUUAUUGUACUUGUGCUUACUCUUCCCGUUUCUACCGCAACUACAGAACGAGCAUUUUCAGCCAUGAAUAUUGUCAAAACUAGGCUUCGCAACAAAAUUGAAGAUGAGUUUUUGACGGAUUCUCUAAUGGUGUACAUCGAAAAAGAAGUUGCUGCAACAAUUAGCAUAGAUUCAAUUAUAGAUGGUUUUCGGGAUUCAAAAACACGACGGGUUCCAUUUUGA